AUGAGGGAAAUGAUGCGCCACGUGGUGUGUUUACUGGUUCUCAUGUUGUGCUGCGCCUAUGGGUGUGUGUCGGCUACUCCUCUUUCCACUAUAACUCAUCCGACCAAAGUUCCUCUUAAAGCUGCUGGUCCCGGGAUUGGUAGUGCUGGUCCUAAGCUCGACGAACCACGUGAGUAUCACAGUGUUGGGGAUAAAUCGCGGACUAAUUGUCCUUCUACAGAGGGUCAGGAUGGUACUUGUGUUGCCGCUAUUCCGGGUCGUGUAGGUCCUCCUACACAUUCCUUACCUGGUGCUGCUGUUCCUGGUCCUCAGAAUGCUCUUGGAGGGCCUCAUUCAGGUACUGGCGUUGCUCGUGUUAAGGUUGAUAAUAAGACUGGUUGUCCUGUCAAAAACGGUAAGGUUAUUCCAUGUCGUCCUUGUGAAGCUGGAGUUGAUAGUACUGUUGAUGCUCCAUGUGUUCCCACUGCAACUUUGAGAUAUCAUGGCGUUGCUGAGUCUUAUGGAGAAGCUCUUAAGGACAAUCGAGAUACUGUUAUCACGCCUAAACGAAGUGAAACGGUUCAACGGACUGAAGAUGGUCACACCACAAGUCUUGUGACUCAAUCUCCUGAGGAAAGUUUACUGUCACGUCCUGCUACUGUUGGUAAUCGUAAUCAUACCAAAGUUAAUACUACUGACGCUGCUGCUGCUGCUGUUCCUGGAAAUCCCAAUGGUGUUCCUUCUACAGAUCUGGGUGCUGUCAAUUCUGACGGACAUACAGGUGUGCCUGGGGCUUCUACUCGGCGUGCGAAACAUGACGUUGGUGUUACUGUUCAUCCUGCGACGCCUGUUUCGAAUACUGCAGAUGGUCAACCGAAAUUUCCCGGUGUAGAUCCUAAAGUUGCACCCGCUGCUCCCGAUACUAAUUAUCCCGGUGUGAAUCAAACUCUCCUCCAUGUUGGAGGUGCUCCUUCUGUUGCUAUUAAUCGUGGUCCUGCUCGUCCUCCUCGCGUGGAUGUUGAUUCUCCUCCUGCUGAUACUCCUGAGGUUUCCCAGAGUAAUGGAGAAACGUCAGGUCCUACGAACACGCAUAAUGAAGAGAAUGAUAUCCAGACAGGAAAUACUGCGGCACCUUCACAGAGUGAAUCAUCAAAGAACACCCCCAAUACACCCACUAAGGUGACGCCACCCGCAAUACCAACAAAACUGCAACCUCCUAUGCCUGCAAAGAGCGAGACCAAACCACCCAAGAAGCGUAAAGCAGACAGCAGCAGCAUGAGUUCUGUGUGGGUACGUGUGCCACUACUAAUAGUGGUCGUGUUGUUCUCCGCUACCGUGUACUGA